CACGCAGCCAACGAUUGCAUCCUGUACAGACGUCCACAAACCCAUACACUCACUCACGUACUCGCCUUUGCCGCCAUCGCAUUGCGCUAAACCAUCACACUCCCUGAGCUCGCCGUUGCAUCUCACUCCCACGUAGAGAGACAAGAUGGCAAUCCAGUCGCGGCUGGAGCAGUUCCAAGACCUGCGGGAUGAGCUGCAACAAAAGGCUCUCAUCACCGGUCUCAAGGCAGCCUCCGGCUAUCGCAAGAACUACGCUCUGAUCCAGCGGAUCUUGCAAUUGUCCUACUUCUCCUUCAUCAUCGCUUCCACCUAUAGGGGUCUCAACCCCAAGCCAAAGGGAAAGAAGAAGCAGGUUGAUAAGACGCAGACGGCCGCGGCAGGAGAGGCCUUGCAGCGCUCUACUGCCAGUGGGGAGAAGGGAGAUCGGGAUGUGGAAAAGGUCAAGGAAGUGACUCAAACUGCUGAUGCCCCCGAGGUGGACAUGUCCGGAUCCAGUCGUGGCAAGAAGGGCCGCAAGGGCAAGGGGCCAAGAGUGGAAGUCGACGCAAAGUUCUUUGAGCAGCUCAAGAGGAUACUAAGGAUCAUCAUCCCAUCCUACAAGAGCAAGGAGGCGCUUCUCCUCAUGGGCCACUCCGUCUUCCUCGUCCUCAGAACAAUGCUCUCACUCUAUGUCGCCGACCUCGACGGUCGCAUCGUCUCCGCUCUCGUUCGAGCACAGACGAAGCAGUUCCUCGGCGGCAUCCUCUGGUGGAUGGCCGUAGCUGUGCCGGCCACGUACUGCAACGCGAUGAUCGAGUUCCUACAGAGCAAGCUGGCCCUCUCUUACCGUACUCGUCUCACACAAAAGGUCCACGAAGCCUAUCUCUCAGACGACACAUACUACCAGCUUGGCAACCUCGACGAUCGGAUCAGGAACGCUGAUCAGCUCAUCACAGUGGACAUUCAGAAGUUCAGUACUGCCCUCGCUGCCCUCUACUCUAACAUCGCCAAGCCCAUCCUCGACGUCUCAUUGUACAACUAUCAGUUGUCGCAAAAUGUAGGAGCAGAGGGUCUGAUCAUCAUCAACAUUCUCGUGCAAGGCUCCGCCGCAUUGUUGCGUGCGGCAACCCCACCUUUCGGCUCGUAUGCUGCAACGGCGCAGAAGCUAGAGGGAGAGUUUAGGUGGGCACACAGCAGGCUCAUCGAGAACAACGAAGAGGUGGCUCUAUACAACGGUCAGAAGAUCGAGAAGAAUUCGAUAGAAAGGUCCUACUUUAGCUUGAUCAAACACAUCAACCGCAUCUCUAAGAUCAGGAUCGUGCACGGAAUGAUCGAAGAGGGAAUCAUCAAGUGGCUCUGGGGUUCCCUAGGUCUCGUCAUCUGCUCCAUUCCCGUCUUUGUCAAGCUGCCCGGUAUUGGAGGACUUGCCGCAGACAUGGGCUCGCGUACAGAAGCAUUCGUGACCAAUCGUCGUCUAUUGCUGUCCUCCUCGGACGCAUUUGGCCGCAUCGUCUCGUCUUACAAGGAGCUGUCGGAGAUGGCAGGAUAUACCGCCCGAGUCUCGUCCCUGCUGGAUACGAUGCAGGAGGUCAAAGCUUCGCGUUUCGAAAAGAAGCUCGUCUCCAGUGCUGGUACAGAGGAGAAUGCCGCUGUGCUCCGAGGAAGGGGAAAGACGGAAGAGUCUUCCGACAUCAUCUUCGAAGACGUGCCCAUUGUCAGCCCUAAUGGCGACGUCCUGGUCAAGAAGAUGAGCUUCACUGUCAAGCCAGGACAACAUCUGCUCAUCAUUGGUCCGAACGGAUGCGGUAAGAGCUCCCUUUUCCGUAUCCUGGGAGGACUGUGGCCUGUGUACGGAGGUAUCGUCAAGAAGCCCAAGGGAUCCGACUUCGCUUACAUCCCACAACGGCCGUACCUCUCCCUCGGUACCCUUCGGGACCAGAUCAUCUACCCCCACACCGUGUCGGAGAUGCGCGCUAGGGGCAAGACGGACGAGGAUCUCCUCAAGGUCAUGUCAGUCGUUCAGAUCGAUCGCAUCGUCGAGCGCGAGGGUGGAUGGGAGGUGCAGCGUGAGUGGCGUGACGCCCUCAGUGGAGGUGACAAGCAACGUAUCGCCAUGGCUCGUCUGUUCUACCACCAGCCCCGCUAUGCCAUUCUCGACGAGUGCACAUCCGCCGUCACUUCAGAGAUUGAGCAGAUCAUGUACAAUCACGCUACCGAACUAGGCAUCACACUCCUGAGUGUCUCCCAUCGCCCCUCGAUUCACAAGUACCACCAGAAUGUCCUUCAAUUCGAUGGACAAGGUGGUUAUACCUUUUCUAAGCUGGACACGGAGCGGACCGAGAAGAGGCAGGCGCUACAGGAGGAGAAGGAAUUGCUGGAACAAAAGUUGGCAAGCGUGCCUGUUUGGAAGGAGAGGUUGGCGGGAUUGGAGGAGGCGGCAAGGUCUAGACCUGCUUCACCUGUUGCUUUUAGGUGAUGUUGAGAGGAAGAGGGGAGGAGCUGUAAGGUUUAUAUAUAAAACGUACUGUUACUGUAGAUUUGUACGCGCAAUACCAAUUGCUCGGACC